ACUCGGAGGAAAUGCACACGCCCAUUCAAUGUUGCGUCUUGUUUUGACUAGAGAGGACGAGAAGUCUCCCAGAAGGAUUUGCAACUUGUAGCAAAGUUGCCUGCUACAGAAUAUUCACCCUGUGAGAGUGGAAACCAUGGAGAACGUUCAUCUUGCUGCAGAAGAUGAAGAUGACCUGUACUCGGGUUAUAAUGAUUACAACCCAACAUUUGACAGUGAGGAACUUGAUAAUGACAUUGGCUUCCAGCAAGCUGUCAGGACUAGCCAUGGACGAAGACCACCAAUGACUGCCAAGUUUCCUGGUACAGCUAUUGCGGCACGGCCAGUGGGGACCUCUUAUGGGGUAGAGAGCAGUCAGGGAGGAAGGCUUUUGAAGGCCAGAAGUCAGAUGGUCUCGUCCAUGGGCCGGCCAAUGACUGGUGCUGUGCAGGAUGGGGCAGCUCGGCCUAUGACUGCAGUAAGGGCAGCAGGAUACUCUUCUACUAUGACCAGAGGUUCAACCUUUGAUCCACUGGGACAAUCUAAAGGCCCUGCCCCUGCACUAGAGACAAAAAUUGAAGACUCCCCGGAGGAGAAGAUCAAGAUUCUUGAGAAGAAGGUGAAUGACCUGAUCGAGGAGAGCUGCAUGGCGUACAGUCGGGGGGACCAGCAGGUGGCCCUGGAGAGAGCCAAGGAAGCAGGAAGGAAGGAGAGAGCUCUGGUGAGACAGCGGGAGCAGACAGGAACCUCUGACCACAUCAACCUGGACCUCACCUACUCUGUGCUGUUUAAUUUGGCCAACCAAUACGCCAACAAUGACAUGUAUCAAGAGGCCUUGAACACCUACUCUGUCAUUGUGAAGAACAAGAUGUUUAGUAAUGCAGGGCGUUUGAAAGUAAAUAUGGCAAACAUCUACUUCAAGCAGAAGAACUUCCCAAAAGCCAUCAAGUUCUACCGUAUGGCUUUGGAUCAGAUAUCCAAUGCACACAAGGAGAUGAGGAUAAAGAUCAUGCAGAACAUUGGCGUGGUCUUCAUAAAGAUGGGCCAGUACUCGGACGCCAUCACCUCCUUCGAGCAUAUCAUGGGCGAGAGCCCCAACAUUAAGUCCGGCUUCAACCUCAUCCUCUGCUACUAUGCCAGGGAUCGUGACCGCAUGAAGAAGUCCUUCCAGAAGCUCAUCAGUGCCCCCCUGGGCAUCGACGAAGAAGACAAAUACAUCCCAGCUAAUGAUGACCCUAAAGCAAACAUGGUGAUCGAGGCCAUUAAAAACGACCAGCUUCAUCAGAUGGAGAGAGAUAGAAAAGCACUGGCAGAGAAGUACAUCAUGACAUCUGCCAAGCUCAUUGCCCCUGCCAUUGAGAACAGCUUUGCUGCCGGGUUUGACUGGUGUGUGGACAUGGUGAAGAGCUCACAGUAUGUGGAGCUAGCCAACGACCUGGAGAUCAACAAAGCCAUCACCUACCUGAGGCAGAGGGACUUCAACCAGGCUGUGGAGACUCUGAAGACGUUUGAGAAGAAGGACAGCAGGGUGAAGAGUGCCGCCGCCACCAACCUCUCCUUCCUCUACUUCCUGGAGAGGGACUUUGACCAGGCAGAUCGCUACGCUGACAUGGCCAUGAGCGCUGACCGCUACAACCCGGCGGCGCUCAUCAACAAGGGCAACACCGUGUUCGAGAGGCAGGACUACGAGAAGGCCGCUGAGUUCUACAAGGAGGCCCUCCGCAACGACUCGUCCUGCACCGAGGGCCUCUACAACCUAGGUCUGACCUAUAAGAAGCUGGGACGGCUGGACGAAGCCCUGGACUGCUUCCUGAAGCUCCACGCCAUCCUCAGGAACUGCCCCCAGGUCAUGUUCCAGCUGGCCAGUCUCUAUGAGAUGCUGGAGGACCCCCACCAGGCCAUUGAUUGGCUGAUGCAGCUGAUCAGCGUCACGCCCACUGACCCCCAGGUUCUGGCCAAGCUGGGGGAGCUCUAUGACAACGAGGGGGACAAGUCCCAGGCCUUCCAACACUACUACGAGUCCUUCAGAUAUUUUCCUUCAAAUAUUGGCGUCAUUGAAUGGCUGGGAGCAUACUACAUCGACACCCAGUUUUGUGAGAAGGCCAUUCAGUACUUUGAGAGGGCCACACUUAUUCAGCCCACGCAGGUGAAGUGGCAACUGAUGGUGGCCAGCUGCUACAGGAGAAGCGGGAACUACCAGAAGGCCUUGGACACCUACAAAGACAUCCAUCGGAAAUUUCCAGAGAAUGUGGAAUGCCUGCGUUUCCUGGUGAGGCUGUGCACAGACAUGGGCCUGAAGGAGGUGCAGGAGUACGCCACCAAGCUCAAGAAGGUGGAGAAGAUGAAGGAGAUCAGAGAACAGAGAGUAAAGUCGGGGCGGGAGAGCAGUGCUCGAGGCCGGCGUGAGGGCAGUGCUGGCAGUGAUUUGGAAGUUAGACCAGUCUCUCACUCUGAGGCCAAACACAGCCCUGUGCUGGAGCAGGCCAGAGACAGCAGUCACAGCGGCCGUGGCACUAGUACCCGCAGCGAGAGGCUGAGCGCCAAGCUCCGGUCACUGCCAGGCAACAACGAACCGUACGAGGCCAGCGCCCAACAAAACAUUGAUGCAUCCUACAUGGACCCACUGGGGCCCCAGAUGGAGAGGCCGAAGACAGCUGCUAAGAAACGCAUUGAGGAAGACGAGUUUGCUGACGAAGAGCUCGGAGAUGACCUAUUACCGGAAUAGCCUGAAAGUCUACAACUUCACUUUGAUUUCAAUUUGGUCCUUAGUCCACUGUCUGUUUACAAGAAGCCUUUUACCCCACACGCACAAAUGUCAGAACUGUCCCAUUCCUGUUCAGCAUUCCACAGGAGUAACGGCGUGUGAGAGAGAAUGAGUGUCUGUGUCUGUGUGUGUUGGCCUGGCAUUCCGCAGUUAACUCAGAUGAAAGCUAUUCCAUAUGUGUCCCACAGGCACAGUUAUCACUUUCCUUUCAGUUUUCCCUUGUUUUGUUGAAAAUGUAACACUGACACAAGACCAUUUGCAUUUCACUGGACAUCCACUCCAAUUCCCAUGGACUGAUCAUUUCACUAAAGAAAAAAAAAGCAGCACUAAUGUUUUGGGGUAGCAUUUCCUUGCUUUGAAUAUUUAUAUUUUGAUAGUCUUGAAGAGUGUACUUGAUGAAAAUGUAAGUGCAUAUAUAUACGGAAAUAAAUAUUUUCAGAUUAAA